UAUUUCAGAAACGCUUUCGUUAAGAAAAGAUCAAGGAAGAUAAACCAUGGCAAUGGUGUUGGCAGCGCUCCUUAUGUCCGGCAUCGUAUGUACAAGUUCCCAGUAUAUUUACUCGAAAGAUCGUUGUGCCAGUAAUGGGGAGACAAUGAUGAAGAUUCGAGAACUUGUGAUCCAGCAGGGGAGGAUCCAAAAAAUGGUUGAUUCCCUCAGGCGUAUGGUGAAGAAACUUGAAGAAGAUGUCACCAAGACCCAUGAAAAUGCUAGAAUUGUCAGGAAAGAGCUAAACAAAUAUAAAGAUUGUAAGAACCUCUACAUAAAUGAUAAUACAGAAUCUGGUGUGUAUGAGAUUCAUCCAUUUGGUAAUAACAGCAAGGUCAGCGUCUUCUGUGACAUGAUGACAGAAGGUGGAGGGUGGACAGCUAUCCAGAAACGUGUGAGUGGUUUAGUGUCAUUCGACAGAACCUGGACGGACUACAAGACGGGAUUCGGGAAUCCAAACGGAUCCUACUGGAUAGGAAAUGAGGUUAUACAUCAACUUACUAAAAGAAGGAACACCUCCCUCUACGUAUCUAUCACACUGACUAAUGGGACAAGGCUCUAUGAAUUAUACAACCAGUUCUCUGUAUCUAUCACACUGACUAAUGGGACAAGGCUCUAUGAAUUAUACAACCAGUUCUCUGUUGCUGACGAAACGAACAAUUACAGACUUUUCCUUGGAGGACCAGCUACCGGGACCCUGGGUGACUCUAUGUUACACACUGGUUACCCUUAUAAGUAUGAUCUGUCUGGGAUGUACUUCAGUACCCCGGACAGAGAUAACGACAGGUGGAGUGAUAACUGUGCUGCUCUCAGUAACCGUAGAGGAGGCUGGUGGUUUAACUGGUGUCACCAGGCCUUCCUUAACGGUUUCUGGUCCCCGGAGUCCUGGUACAGACCAUGGUUCCCUACAGUGACUGAUAAUAAACAGAUAAAAGAAACUCUCAUGAUGAUAAAAUAUAACUGACUUUUUAUAUCUUUUAUCCAUAGUUGUUUUUUGUAUAGUUGUUCACAUAUCUUAGUUAAAGUUAAAACCUUUUUUAUAAAUGAUUAUGACUUUAUUCUUGAGAUAAUGAUGACAUGGAUGAUAUAUUACAAAGUAAAACUUUUAUAGAUAUAAUAUUAUGUGUAAUGAAUUUAAUAAAAAGUCCUAAUAUUUAUAAUGUUCUAAAAAUAGUGUUAUACAUGUAACCUUACUUCCUAGAAAUACGAAAAU